AUGCAGAAAAUAUUUAGUUUGCGUGCAUCCAGACUGUGCAUUAAAUGUUGUUUUUCUCCCUUCAUCCCCUCCCUCUUGUCUCUCCUCCCUCUCCGUCUUUCUCUCUCCCUCUCCUCUUUCCAUAGUGGUGAUGAUGACUCUGUAGAGAGCCAGUCAGAACAGGGUCAAAGUCAGGUUGCUCCAGGUUCUGAUGCUGAUGUCCAGACGUCUCUCAGCCCAGAAGACCCAGACCAGGGCCUACCAGAGCUGGACCAGGGGGGAAACACAUCCCACAGGCACCAAGACACACACCAAGACCAGCAGGCAGUGGAUGCCAGUGGUAAGGAGACGGACCCCUCAGUGCCCAGUAAGGAGGACAUCCCAACCUUCGACGAGUGGAAGAAACAAGUCAUGGAGGUGGAGAAGGAGAAGACUCUGUCCCUCCAUACCUCCUCCAGUGGCAUCCCCCCUGUGAAGAAGGUGCAGAAGAACUUCAAAAACAACUAUGCUUCUGUGGAGUGUGGAGCUAAGAUGCUGUCAGCUAAUACAGAGGCUAAGAGUACCUCAGCUAUCCUCAUGGAGAAUAUGGACCUGUACAUGCUGAACCCCUGCAGCAACAAGAUUUGGUUUGUAAUAGAGCUGUGUGAGCCCAUCCAGGUGAAACAGUUGGACAUCGCUAACUUUGAACUCUUCUCCUCCACGCCGAAAGACUUCCUGGUCUCCAUCAGUGACAGGUAUCCCACCAACAAGUGGGUGAAGUUGGGAACGUUCCACGCCCGUGAUGAGCGUACAGUCCAGAGCUUCCCAUUGGACGAACAGCUCUAUGCCAAAUAUGUCAAGGUGGAGCUCAUCUCCCACUUCGGAUCAGAACACUUCUGCCCCCUCAGCCUCAUCAGGGUGUUUGGUACCAGUAUGGUGGAGGAAUACGAAGAGAUCGCAGAUUCCCAGUACCCCUCAGAGAGGCUGGAAUACCUUGAUGAGGAUUAUGACUACCCACCUGGCUACCUCCACUCUGAGGAUAAGGGUUCUAAAAAUCUGCUGGGCUCUGCCACAAAUGCCAUUCUCAACAUGGUCAACAACAUAGCAGCCAACGUUCUGGGAGGCAAGCCUGAGGAUGGAGGAGCACAGCUGGAACCCAACGCAUCAUCAGAAGCCCAGAACCAAACCGAGGGGAAUAAGGAGGUGCUGCUCACACCAACCCCUACCAUCACCACACCUCCUCCAGCAGUGGAGCCAGACCACAGCGCUCCUCAGGAGGACCCUGAUCUCGCCCGCUCCUCCCCGGACUCCCCCCUUUCUUCCCCCUCCCCGGAGGAUGGACAGAUCGUGACUCUGGUGGUGGAGGAAGAGGAGCCCCCACAGUCCACUGUGACUCUGAUGGAGGAAGAGGGGGAUGAUGAUGAUGAGGAGGAGGAGGAGAGAGAGGAACAGUGGAUGAGGGAGAGCCAGCUGUACUGUCCUCUCUCCUCCGUGUCUUCCCUCUCUUCUAUCUCCUGUGUGGCCACGCUGCCGGAGCUGCUAUGGCGCUGGUGUGACGCUUGCCUCGCCAGAGAGAGACAGCGCGGUCUCCGCAAGAGGCAGCAAGACACGUACACACGCACCCCCAUAGACACUCCCUUACCCACACACACCGCCAUUCAGGACCCUGUCCCCGCCGCCACACACACCCAGGAAGCCCCAACACACACAGAGCCGGUCCCUGAUCCUGAGACGGCCCCCCGGGCCCAAAACGAGGUUUUAUCUCCUACAGACUCACACAAUCACACAGACACACACCCCGUGGACCACAUCAUUGUUCUGGAGCCUAGCCGGACCUCUACCCUGCCCCCCCACAGUUUCUCUCACACCUCCCUCUCCAAACCCACCCCUACCCAGGACGAAGCUCCCCGGCCCCCCAGCCAAGACGACCCCGUCCCCCCUCCAGCCCUGCAGGGAGCCCCUGUCCCAGAGGCCCAGCAGGCCAGCACCCCCAACCCUUCCCCCAGUCCCAUUACCCCCCUCCACCCCCCAACUUCUGAGACAGCUUCUCUGGACCUCCCUCCACUCUCCCUGAAGGAGCAGCCAGUCCAGCCCCUCCCCACUGCCUCCAGACCUGCAGACAUCCCCCCUCCCACUGAACUCCCUGUGCCCCUCCAGCCCGACACACACGCAGAGCCACACACACUCAGGGCUGGGGUAGAAAGUGGAGACCACAAGGGCCAAGGGGAGCAGGGCGACUCCCCCCCUCCCCAGCCAGCAGAGCACCCACUUAGGGAAGAGUCCAUGGAGGACCUGCUACUUAGCGUCCCGGUUACUGCUAAUGGACAUUUACACCGGACAGCUACGGACUUCUAUGCUGAGCUGCAGAGCACAGGGGAGUAUAUUGGAGGGAAUGGAGGCAUGAACGGAGGAGUGAACGUGCACGGCUCCAGUCAAAAGGAGAGUGUGUUCAUGAGGUUGAACAACAGGAUCAAAGCCCUGGAGAUGAACAUGUCCCUCAGCAGCAGAUAUCUGGAGGAACUCAGCCAGAGGUAUCGUAAGCAGAUGGAGGAGAUGCAGAGGGCCUUCAACAAGACCAUCAUCAAGCUACAGAACACCUCCCGCAUCGCUGGAGAACAGGACCAGAGGCAGACAGAGUCAAUCCAGAUGUUACAGGGCCAGCUGGAGAACGUCACCAAGCUGAUGAUCAACCUCACCAUGACUGUCUCACAGUUACAGAAAGAGGUGUCAGACCGACAGAGUUACCUGGUGGUGUCUCUAGUCCUGUGUGUCUGUCUGGGCCUGGUGUUCUGCCUGCACUGCUGCCGGAGCACCAACACACAAACCACCACACACACCGCAGUCAACCACUACCCCAGCCCCAAGAGGUGUUUCUCCUCCUAUGAGGAUAUGAGUCUGAAGCGGAGGGUAUCGUGUCCUCUCGUACGCUCCAAGUCCUUCACCUUUCCUACUUCAGAAGUAGGCCCCGACGACCUAUACAUUGUUGAACCUUUAAGGUUCUCACCAGAGAAAAAGAAUAAACGAUGUAAACUGAAGGCAGCAUUAUCAGCUCCCUCUUCCCCAGUGGCUGACGGGGCACUCAAAUGCAACGGCCUCCCCCACUCCGUGACUCCCCCUCCCCCACUACCUCCUCCAAUUUUAGAAGACAUCUCCUGUAAGGAGCUCCACUUCCCCUCAGAGAGCAGCAGCGGUAGCUCCUCCCCCCACUCUGAGGAGUCCUACAUCAGCCGUGGCCCGCCCCUCUCCUCCCCCCCGUGCAUGUUUAACGGCCAUGCUGCCCUCCCCGUCCCACUCUGCCUCCCCUCCCUCCCUCCCUCUAAGAAGAGGUCAGCGAAGCGUCAGAGGUCUCGUCAAGUGGAGCUGCAGUUAUCCUCCAGACAGACAGGGGGGGCUAUGAACUCUCUGCCCAGCCUGCAGCAGCUGAUCAAGGGAAACAAGGAGAUCAGCGUGGGGACUAUAGGCCCCACGGCCGUCACAGGGCAUGUCUAAUCACAAACGCACACUUCAGACUGACUCAUAGACACACACACACACGCACCCUGGUAGCAGACUUGGUUAGGGAGGUGUGAAGGGGUGUGGUCUCGCCCCAAAAUGGCCACAUCUCUGAACCACUUCUCCCAUGAGCACCCUGGCCCACAGUGGAACUCGGAAACCAUGACAUUAGUUGCCCAUCAACAGCCACCCUCCCCACAAAUCAGAGACCAUUUAACGGUCAUGUGCCUUUACUGUCCAUUCGAAAGCUUUCACCAAUGGAAAAAAUAAUAAAUUCAAAAGUAUUGUUCUUUUUCUUUUCGGAGAGAAAAACUGUAAUGCUUUGGAGUGUUAUAAGAAAACAGACAUUCAAACAUGGGUGACCUGUUCCUACUGGACAAGCACAUUGCUCCAUAAGACCUAGGCGUCAGGGGCUUGUACUACAGCCCUGUGCCCAGAGAGGAGAAGGGCUGGCUGGGUAGAGCUUCUACCGGAGCCCCCUGCCUCUCCUGGGGCCUGUGAAAGUAGAGUAUGAAGCUGUAAGUAUGAAAUGUGUCGCAAUGAGAGAACUGUGCAGCAGGACUAGUUACUUCUCUAACCCAUCCCCCCCUCCUUUCUCCUGUCCUCCAUUUCCACAUUCUGUUCAUUCUCUGUGUAUUGUUCAGAGCUAGCUAACACUACUGCAGUUGUUGUUCAUAUGGGACUGGGGUGUUAACCUUUCACACAACACAGGCCCUCUGUCUCGCCCUCUCAUGCAGUCUAACCUAACACAACCAGCAGAGCUGAAUGAAGAUGCACUGUGUGUGUGUGUGUGUGUGUGUGUGUGUGUGUGUGUGUGUGUGUGUGUGUGUGUGUGUGUGUGUGUGUGUGUGUGUUCAUGUCUCUGUGUCUCUAGCGGCUAGCCAUGUUUAUCCAGCUGUGAUACUAAGGAAGAAGCUCUAACUAUUGAACUAGUUUACAUAGCAGCUUGUCUCUCCAGUAAGACCUCUGAAAGUUGUAUGGGCUGGGCCCAAAAUACACACACACACACACACACACACACACACACACACACACACAAAGCCAGCUAAGAGAAAAGGGAUUUUGUACUGGUAAAAAACGGAAAAUUAGGAUGAAGUAUAUUCAAGAGUCAGUAAUUUGGGUAGAUUUUUGGGCACAUUUUCAACACAUCUCUGCAUACAUUUUAAAGAUCAGAUAUAACUGGUAUACUUGGGCCAUUCUAUUGUAUUCUACAGACCCCCUCAAACAUUUUAAGCCAUCCAUUAUGUACCUAUUAUUUAUGGAGAUAUGGCCAUGUAACUCCUGUCCAAUAUGGCUCCAUGGGGCUGGUUGGUGGCCAUUUUGGAAAUGCUGCCAGGGUGGUAAUACAAAACAUCUGUGAUGGCAUUAUAGCUAAAAAAAAACACUUCUUUGGACUUGUUCUAGCUGUGUGCGAAAUGUGGUGCUUUUAUCACAAAAUCAACAAUUCCCCUCAAAUUUGAGGCUUAGCUGCUGGACUUUUUAUAGGCUGGUUGUUUUUGCACAUUGUGGCAGGUAGUCUCUGCAGCCAGAACCCAGUCAGUUAGUUGGGUUGUGUUUUUAUAUUGAGCUGUAUAUGAGCCAUGCUGAGAACUGAGUGUUGUGUGAUAUUCUAGUUGUUGUUGGGAACAGUUCAGUCUGAAGAUGUCACAGCCCACACCCUCACUCUGUGGGUAGAAGUUGCCUUUAGUUACUGAUCUAAGAUCAGCUUUCCCUCCCCCAAUUCCUCAUGUUCACCAUUUGAAUCAACAAUGCAAUACUGAUCUUAGAACAGUGUCUAGGGGUAACUUCACUUUGAGAGCAGAUCCCCUGAGGUCCUAUUGAGGACUCUGUGAGGCCAGUUUUAUUUAUCUAUUUAUGUCCUGGCCUCACAGCAACCCCCACAUACUGUAGCCCAGGGGCACACACACGGUACAGACAAUAAUAAUGGUUGCAAUUAAAACGCAUAUACACACACACAAAGGUACAUGUACAUCAGAGGAGGCUGGUGGGAGGAGCUAUAGGAAGACUGGCUCGUUGUAAUGGCAAAAAAAAACAU